AUAUAACUACCAUUUGUUAAACAUAGCCAUUUUGGUUACUCUUGUUCCGUUUUCUCCUUUCUUCCGCUCCUUCCUUUUUCUUUCUUCUUGUGUGGUUUAGGAGACAUUAAUUGAUCUCUCAUUCCACUUCCCCAUUUGUCUCAAUUUCGUUUCUUUAAUUUCCUUUGUCUUUCAUCUAGGUUUUUAGUUUUCUGAAUUUGGGUUUACGUUAGUGUUUAUAUAUCUUGUAAUUAAUCAACCAAGGUUUUUUUUCCCCCUUCCUAAAUCUUGUAAAUUCAGAUUUGCUUUCUUUGGUAAAUCUUUGCGAUCUCUCCUCUCCUCUGAUCUUGCCAUUAGAGAUAGAUAUAAUUCUCUCUUUCAAAUGGCACAACUACCUCCCAAAAUCCCAAACAUGACACCACAUUGGCCUGAUUUCUCUUCCCAAAAGCUUUCUCCUAUCUCUACCCCAAUCGCAACCGCCACAGCCACUACAACCGCCGUACAAAACCCUUCAUGGGUAGACGAAUUCCUCGACUUCUCAGCGUCUCGCCGCGGCAACCACCGUCGCUCAAUCAGCGACUCCAUCACGUUUCUUGAAGCUCCAACCGUAUCAGACCAUGUCAGCAUCGAAAACCACCACUUCGACAGGUUCGACGACGAACAGUUCAUGUUGAUGUUCACCGACGACGACAACCUUCAUAAAAAGCCUUCCCAUAUCAACAACAACAUUUUAGGACCCACCGGAUCUUCCUCAAACACGUCCACGCCGUCCAAUAGCAUCAACGACGACAAAAAAGAACCACCGUCCAAUCAUGACAUGACCAAUAAUAACAACAACAACAAUAACAUUAAUAACGAUGAAGUCCAGAGCCAAUGCAAGACAGAGCCAGAUGAUGGUACGGCUUCGACUAACAAUUCAGGCGAUAGCUCCGGCAACCGGAUUCUUGAUCCCAAAAGGGUAAAAAGAAUAUUAGCAAAUCGGCAAUCAGCACAGAGAUCAAGGGUUAGGAAGCUGCAAUACAUAUCAGAGCUUGAACGUAGCGUCACUUCGUUGCAGGCGGAAGUGUCAGUGUUAUCGCCAAGAGUUGCGUUCUUGGAUCAUCAACGUUUGCUUCUUAACGUCGACAACAGUGCUCUCAAGCAACGAAUCGCUGCUUUAUCUCAAGACAAGAUUUUCAAAGACGCACAUCAAGAAGCAUUGAAGAGAGAAAUAGAGAGACUUCGACAAGUGUAUAAUCAACAAAGCCUCAAGACGAUGGAUAAUGCAAAUCAUUCACCGGCGACCGGAGCCGGAGCUACUUCGGCUGUCGACAUCAUGACGUCUAUUGAAAAAGAGCAACUCCUCAAUGUCUGAUAAAUUAAUCAUCUUCAUCACCAUCAUCAACAUCUCUCUCUCUCUCUUCUUGGCAAAAAUUCUUGACUACAAAAAUCUCUUUCGGUUAAGAAUUUCAGAAGUUUGACAUUUUUUAUUCUAGUCACAUAUUUUUUUUAAGUUGUGAUGAAUUCAAUUUGAUGUAUCUUAUUUAUUUUAUUUUUGUAUGUCGUUUUUUUUUGGGGGGUUGGUAGAAGGGAAGUCAUCAAUUGUUGUUUGUACAAAGAAUUAGUUGAUUUGUUAUUGUAAUGUUUUGGGAGUGUAUAAAUAUAUUUGUGUACUACUACUAAUUAAGAUUUUUUCGGUAUAGUUUAGUUUU